AUGCAUUUCUCCGCUCGUUCUGUCGCUCUCACAGCCUUCGGCACCCUCGUUGCUGGUCACGGGGCCAUCAUUGCCGCCACGGGCGACAUGGGCGGAAGUGGCAUGGCCAUCGGAAUCGACCCCUCUACUCCUCGUGAUGGAACCCGGGACGAACCUUUCCAGCAGGAUACGACCGUCUUUGACGGCGACGCCGAGUUUUCCUGUGGCGAGACGGACCAGACGGCCGAGGAUGACGACAUCAACGACAUCGAGUCUGGCGUUGCCAAGGUCAUGUCCAUGGCCAACAACAGCCUCCCUCAAGUCAGCCAGGGAGGCGAGCUGGCCAUGACCCUCCACCAGGUCAACGGAGACGGCGCCGGCCCCUACGUCUGCAUGAUUGACGCUACCGGCACCGGCACCAACUGGGUCGCCAUGGACAUCACCCAGCAGGUGCCCGGUGAGAGGGGUCGCAACCGCGAUGGCGAUGCCACCGACUUUCCCCUCACCGUCAACAUCGCCCAGGACCAAGUGUGCAUGGGCAACGUCGCCGGCAUGGACAACGUCUGCAUGGUGCGCUGCCAGAAUCCCCAGGGUCCCUUUGGCGGCUGCGUCCCCAUCCAGAUGGGCGGUAAUGUCACCGCCGCGACCAAUCCGGUCAUGUCCCAGACGGGCGGCACCGCCGAGGACGAUGUCGAUGCGAUUGUCGAGGCGGCCGAGGAUGCCGAGGACGGCCGUGGUGGCGGUGGGAGCCGCGGUGGACUCUUCUCCCUAUUCAACCGGUCCAAGGCGUCGCAGAUGAGCGAGGCCAAGCGUGAGCGGUUGCAGAACCAGGAGGCGGUCAGGGCCAAGCGUCUGGCGCGCAAGCAGGCCGCACGGGCUGCGCAGGCUGCACAGGACUAA